AUGUCAUCAGCAUACAUCGGUCUUCGUGUCCGUCUAACUCUGCAUCCUUCUAGCGGCACAUCCUCCCAUAUCCUAGUCGGUAGGAUACAAAGCAUAGACGCAUCUAGCGGCAUCCUCAAGCUCUUGCUAGACGAUGAGACCACCUUGGAAACAGUGAAUCGAAGCAAGAUCGCUGGUAUCGAAAUGAUUGGAGAGCGCACGGGCAACGACGGCGCCUCUUCAAGCUCGAACAACCAACUCGCAGCCCCUUCAGGCUCGACGCCCGGCUCUUCCCUCGUCUCCCACAGCCCUACCCCAUCGACUCCUCAGACAACAUCGAGCAAAGCUUCAAAGAAGAAGGCUGCAAAAGCAGCAGCGGUCGCUGCGGCCACAGCUUCGCUGGGUCAUGCUGAGCCUCCCAAAGGUCCCAAGGCCAUGUCUGUGACGCCCAAGAAGGAAAGCAAAGCCAAAAAUCUCGUCGCGAGUCAGACGCACGCAAAUCAAGAGUAUGAGGAGGAUUUCGACUUUGACAAGGCACUCAAGAGCUUCGACAAGAAGGCGGUCUGGGAUCAGAUUCGGGUGAGCGUCAGGACCGAUGCAGCGCAGCCGCUCAGAGUGCAUUCUGUAUCGACGCGCAGUUGAGCUGAAAGUGGACGCUCUCUCGUACGCCCAUCUAACCGAUCUUGCCAUCAGGCAUCAGAUCAGACGGACCCUUCGCUGCGUCUGCACGCGCACAACAGAGCAACAGCAGCGGCAGCAUGUAAAAGCUCUUCGCCUGCUCCUUUCAUCGGCAGCGCGCCCGACUUGGACGCUCUAACGCUGUCAUCACGGGGUCGGAUUGCAGCCGCUCGGAAUCCGCAAGAAAAGCUGAGAGCUGACGAGAACGUGUUGAGUCCCAGUCCUCCGCCAGAUUCCGAACGACAAUCAUCGCAUGUCAAUGGUAGCGGGACACACGCUAGUGAUGGAAUUGUUGGAGGGAGGGAACAAGAAGUGCAAGGCAGAUUGGAGCUGCUUUCUGCCUUGACGGGCGUUGAUAUUGCACCAGCCAGACCUGCAGAAGAUCAAGCUGCAGAGGCCCUGCGGCACAAUGGUAGCGGCAGCAAUUCAACGUACGAUCUCACGCUCUACACCUCCCCAUUGGCUCGAACAAAGCACCUUUCUCAAGCCCGCGCCUCCUCCGCCUCCUCGACAACCAAUGCAGGCAACCUGACCGUCCGUCUCUCUGGAACGCUGAGCAAGCUUCGAUACAACGGUCCCGUGCCGUCCGCCUCGGAUCAGAAGCUGAUCGCAGCAUUGCCCGAAAAGUAUGCGAAACCUCUAGGACUCGGAGGCACGGAGCGGGCGGGAGCUUUUGUGAAGAGGUUGGGAGAGUGGGUCGCUGCGAGCGCUGCGGGUAUUGCGACGAGCGUCGCGACUGAAGAGACGAACACGGCGGAAUAA